AUGCCAGACGAUCACGUUUCAGCAGAAGAUUUCGAAUUUGACGAAGAAACACAUAAUUCAGAUACCUUAUUGAAUAAUCAAACCUCCUCCAACUCGGCGAUGCCUUCCAGAUCCAGAUCACCAUAUCACCUACCACCAUCUGAACAACUGAGAGGAGUAGCGAAUCGGAUAAUAUUCAGUAGAUAUUAUGUUCUGUUUUACGGUGCUAUGAUGGGUUUAAGUUUCGCUACGCUGGUUAUAAGUUUAAUAGCUACUCAUGGGAAUAAAUGUCCACCGGCAGUAUGGCAUAUAUUAGAGGUCAUAAUAAAUGUUUUAAUGGUUUUAGAAGUGGGCACGAGGUGGACAGCAUAUGGCAAGAAAUACCCAUUGACAUUACUAAAUGUAAUCGAUAUAAUCCUAGUCCUAUUUUGUACCGUAACUUUGAUAUUAGUAUUCAAGAAUCCUUGUGGUGAAGGUACGAGAAGUGAAGAAUUACUCGAUACGUUUCUAUUGAUAAUUCGAAAUACCGUUCAAUUCCUUAGAUUAGGAAAUGUUUUACGCAGAUCUGGACAUUCCCUUUUAAAUCCACCUAAACCUAUUGAUCUGAGUCAAGCUGGAGCUGCGAGUUUAGCAUUGGAUUUAGGUCUGGAUGAAGAUGAAGAAGUUGCUGCUGAGCGCCAACUCUCAACUUCCGCAUCAGGAUCUGGACCUGGAUCGGGGGGAAGAACGUUGAGAGGUGCUUUCAAUUCAUCUUCAACAGGUUCAGGAAGAUAUCAAAGAUUGGAUACUGAAGAAGAGAGGAUAGGUACUGGAGUCAAAUUGAAUCAAGGGAGAGAAGAUCUGAACGAGGAUGAUGAAGAUUUAUGGGAUAGAUUGUAA